AUGGGCCAGGCUGAGUCAAGCGUCUUCAACACCCUCGAGAAGAACUCCAACUUCUCGGCUCCCGAGCUGAUCCGUCUCAAGAAGCGGUUCAUGAAGCUCGACAAGGACGGAUCUGGCGCGAUUGACAAGGACGAGUUCCUGCAGAUCCCCCAGAUCGCCAACAACCCGUUGGCGCACCGAAUGAUCGCCAUCUUCGACGAGGACGGCUCGGGUACGGUAGACUUCCAGGAGUUUGUCGGCGGUCUCUCUGCCUUUUCCUCCAAGGGCGGACGAGAUGAGAAGCUGCGGUUCGCGUUCAAGGUCUACGACAUGGACCGGGACGGGUACAUCUCGAACGGCGAGCUGUACUUAGUGCUGAAGCAGAUGGUCGGCAACAACCUGAAGGACCAGCAGCUGCAGCAGAUUGUCGACAAGACGAUCAUGGAGGCCGACAAGGACCAGGACGGCAAGCUCUCCUUCGAGGAGUUCACCGAGAUGGUCUCGUCCACCGACAUCGUCAAGCAGAUGACGCUCGAGGACCUGUUCUAA